CAACGACCGCUCAUCCAUGCGCUGGCUGUCUCCGUUCUUCCCUCAGGAGUGGCAGACGGCGUCGGGGGCUGGAGGGACUACGGGGUGGACCCGUCCCAGUUCUCCGCCACCCUCAUGAAGACGUGCGAGCGGCUGGUGAGGGAGGGCCGCUUCACCCCCAGCAACCCGGUGGGCAUCCUCAACUCCGCCUACUACGAGCUGCUGCAGAACAAAGUGCCCCUGCUUGGGAGCAGCACAGCCUGCAUCGUGGUGCUGGACCAGCAGAGGCAUCGUCUUCACACCUGUAACCUUGGCGACUCGGGCUUCCUGGUGGUGCGCGGGGGGGAGGUGGUGCACCGCUCGGACGAGCAGCAGCACUACUUCAACACGCCCUUCCAGCUGUCCAUAGCACCGCCCGGAGCUGAGGGUGUGGUUCUGAGUGACAGUCCCGAGGCGGCAGACAGCUCAUCUUUCGACGUCCAGCUGGGUGACAUCAUCCUGACGGCCACUGACGGGCUCUUUGACAACAUGCCUGACUACAUGAUUCUUCAAGAACUCAAGAAGCUCAAGAACAGCAACUACGACAGCAUCCAGCAGACUGCACGCAGCAUUGCUGAGCAGGCACACGAGCUGGCCUAUGACCCCAACUACAUGUCGCCCUUCGCCCAGUUUGCCUGUGACAACGGCCUGAAUGUACGAGGAGGAAAGCCAGAUGACAUCACGGUGCUCCUCUCUAUAGUGGCGGAGUACACUGACUGAGCUUGUGUGUGGCGCGGGUGUGUGUGUGUGUGUGUGUGUGUGCGGCGUGUGUCUGUCUGUGUGUGUGUGUUUGUUUCUUCGUGGAAUUCUAUGGUGCUGCUCCACCUCAAGGCCCGAGUCUUCCGACCGCCCCCCCGCUCUUCUGAACCCCCACGCCGCGGCCAAGACAACCACCCCCUGCCCCCCCUCUCUUGCACUACUCUAUCUGGAGUCAUUCUGGUGGUCAUCUCACUAACACACACACACACACACACACACACACACACACACACACACACACACACACACACACACACACACACACACACACCGCACCACACAAAGAAAUAGCCUCUGCAUUUGAAGUCUUCCCACCCGGCACCAGGCAAUGCAGACAUGGGCUGUGAGACUAACUGGCACAUAGAUCAUCAUUUUGUCACCAGGUCAACACUGAAAACAUCAAAACAAAAGA